GACACGAGGGGAGGGGGCUGUGCUUUAAAAAGUUAAUUAAACAUACUAAGUGUAGCGUCACUACACAUUUUUUCUCUUUAAAGGGUACCUCUCCAGCCAGCAACAUUUCACCCAAAAGCAGACAGCCGGAUCGUCCUGCGCUGACGCGGCUGGUCGGCAGGAAACGGCUAGUAGCGGCGGGGGUCCUGGGGGUCGUGAUGGUCCUGGUUCUAGUCAUCCUCAUCCCGGUUCUGGUCAACUCAGCGGGGACGGCGGCGCACUAUGAGAUGCUCGGCACCUGCAGGAUGGUGUGCGACCCGUACGGAACCAAACCCCCCACCAGCACGGCCUCGUCGGACCCGGCCCGAGACAACGGUCUCGUGCAGUCUUUACCCACUUUUAUCCAAGGUCCAAAAGAACCGGGUCGUCCGGGUAAGGCAGGACCGAGGGGACCUCCCGGUGAGCCGGGGCAUCCCGGUCCAGCGGGGCCAUCUGGAGACCGAGGGGUGUCGGGCAGACCCGGGUUACCGGGACCUCCGGGGUCCGGGGGAGCUGCAGGGGCGAUCAGCGCGGCCACCUACAGCACCGUGCCAAAGAUCGCAUUUUUCGCAGGGCUCAAAAAGCAGCACGAGGGCUACGAAGUGCUCAAGUUUGACGACGUUGUGACCAACCUGGGAAACCAUUACGACCCCAACGCGGGGAAGUUCACGUGCCCCAUCCCCGGGAUUUAUUUCUUCACUUACCACGUCCUGAUGCGCGGAGGAGACGGAACCAGCAUGUGGGCAGAUCUGUGCAAAAACAGCCAGUUGCCAUCCGCCCAGGAUGCGGACCAGAACUAUGACUAUGCCAGUAACAGCGCCGUGCUGCACCUGGAGCCAGGAGACGAGGUGUACAUCAAACUAGACGGGGGCAAAGCUCACGGAGGAAACAACAACAAGUACAGCAUCUCUGGGUUCAUCAUCUACGCUGACUAGGACGCAACGACACACUCUGACCUCAGAUAAUGCAGGACCUCGUGGCCAAAUCCUUCACCGAAUCUUCCUCAGACUUCCCUCUUUAAAAUGUGGACUAACCAGUAUAACUUUCGCCUUCAUCACCUGCAUAUUAUUUAUUUUCUAUUUUUUUGACCAACAAUCACUGUCCGAGUGACUGCGGACAAAUGCAUUAAUGAAACGAUCGGAUUGUCAAAGUGUGGGAUGCUGUCACAUGGGGAAGGAGUGCACGAAGCAUCAGUUUAGCUGUAGCUUAUGAUGGUAUUAGAGGUAAUGGUCUUAAAUGAGGUGUUAAUAGGCAACAUUAAGAGGAAUGAGUUUACAUUGGUGUGUCAUCACCCUUAAAUUUGAUUGGUCGAAAGAGAACAUCGGAUAGAAAUGGAGGGAGCUAAUGAGUAUAUCUGAAAACUGACAGUGGGGAUGAUUGUGUGCAAUAUCUAAUAUAUAAACUAUAUUCAUGGUGAUUAUGUAUAAGAAAGCCCCCAGAUAUCAUGCAUUAUAUUAAGGAAAAGCUGGUAACACUUGAACUGCAUUUUGAAACACUAUCAGCAGCCUCUCAUGUCAAAACAUAAUCACAUCUUUCAUAGAAUAGAAAACUAAUGAAAUAUCUUCUCAUCUUUAUUAUUGUUCAUGUAAUACAAUUGUAUACAAUCAAUCUAUAUCAUUAUGAUUUAAUAAUGUGCUGAUAUCUUAGCAUGGCUUUGUAACACCACUUUGUAGAAGUUCAUCAUUUCACAGUGGCCCUCUGCAAAAUACAGAUAUAAAUACAUAUGUUGUGAUAUAAAAGCUACAUGCUAGAGAUACACAUAUAUGUUUUACCCAAAGUAGCUACCAUUGAGGACGGAGAUCUCAUGUCUUUAUUUGUUUUCUUUAAGUUAUUUAUAUAUAUUUUAAUUCAAUAUAUAUUUAUAAGUCAUAGUAUUAUAAUGAUAUUGAUCUAAAUGAGGGAUUAAGUAUUUUCUCUAAAACUAUAUUACAAAUAUAUUGGGAGAUAAAUAGGAAAGGUGGAAUUCAUUGGAAUACUUUGGACACAUGACCUUAGUUUGUCCAAAAAUCCAGGCUGACUACACACUGGGUGUUUCUCAAUGUCAAGGACGCUUGCUUGGUAGCACAUGUCUUCCGAGUCACUUGCUUCAGAAGCUAGGCAAGAAUCCAUCCUGGCAUUCGGAAAACGA